AUGGCCAGUGUCUGCUUUGGAUGUUCGUGUUUUGAGCGAGUAAAAUAUGGGCCUGAUGAAAUAGAACAAUAUCAACGAAGUAGAAAAAUUGAUAAAAUGUUAGAACUAGACAAACGAGCUCGUCGUAAGCUGGUAAAACUAUUGUUAUUGGGUGCUGGUGAGAGUGGGAAAAGCACAUUUCUUAAACAGAUGAGAAUCAUACAUGGUUUGACUUUUGAUGACGAAACUAUUGCUGAAUAUAGGAUUACAAUUUAUCAGAACGUUGUGAGAGGAAUGAAAGUUUUAGUCGAUGCUAGAGAUAAGCUUGAAAUUCCUUGGCAAGACCCGUCACACCAACAGUUUGGUGAACGUGUCAUGCAGUAUGAAAAUUCAUUUUUGGACAAAAAUGCUUUCCUUCAUUAUGCUCCAUCUGUGAAAGAACUAUGGCAAGACAAGGGCAUCAAGACUGCCUAUUUAAGGAGGAGAGAAUUUCAAUUAAGUGACAGUGUUCAAUAUUUCUUUGAUAAUAUGGAACGAAUUGCAUCACCUGAUUAUACCCCUUCUCAUCAGGACAUACUGCAUGCUCGCAAGGCAACUAAAGGUAUUACUGAAUUCACCAUACACAUCAACGAAGUGCCCUUUCUCUUUGUAGAUGUUGGUGGACAAAGAUCUCAAAGACAGAAAUGGUUCCAGUGCUUUGAUUGUGUGACUUCCAUUCUAUUUUUAGUGUCUUCCAGUGAGUUUGACCAAGUGUUACUUGAGGAUCGUUGCACGAAUCGUUUGCUCGAAUCCAGGAACAUUUUUGAGACCAUAAUAAAUCAUCGAGCAUUUUCUGAAGUAUCUUUCAUAUUAUUUCUUAAUAAAACGGACCUUCUUCAAAAGAAAAUUGAAAUAAAAAUAUCCAAUAUCUCGGAUUUUUUUCCAGAUUACCAAGGUGAUCCAUUUAAUUUAGAACAUGUGCAAAAUUUCAUUCUAAAACUUUUUGAGAAUACUAAACGAGAUCAAAACAAACCUAUCUUUCAUCAUUAUACUACUGCUGUGGACACAGAAAACAUCAAAGUAGUUUUUAAUGCUGUAAGAGACUCAAUACUUCAAAAAAACAUAACUCAGCUAAUGUUGCAAUAA